CUGGGUUCUGCGCGGAGGCUGCGGCUCGGCCCCGGCAGGCGCGGCGCGCAGCGACCCAGGCGGCGGCGGCCACCGAGCGCAGCGGGUCGGGCGCGGGGAGGCGGGCUUGGCCCCGGCCUGCGGGAGCCCAGGCCCUCGCCCACCCGAGGCCGGCCUGGGGGGCCCGCGGGGCGCGCAGAGCGCCGGGUGCGCCUCGGGCUGGGGCCCGCAUCCCGGCACAGGAGCGCGGGCGCGGCGCGGCGGAGCGCGGGGCAUGGAGCCGGCCCGGGAGCCCCCAGCGCGGGCCCGGCCGCCGCCGCCGCCCCCAGCCUCCCGGCCCGCGCCCGCCCCCGCGGCGCCCAGGCCGCGCUCGCCGGCCGAGGCGGAGGGCCGCGGUCCCGAGGGGCUGCUGCGGCGAUCCGGGUCGGGCUACGAGGGCAGCACCAGCUGGAAAGCGGCCUUGGAGGACACCACCACGCGUCUCCUGCUGGGGGCCAUCGCCGUCCUUCUGUUUGCUAUCCUGGUGGUGAUGAGCAUCUUGGCUUCCAAGGGCUGCAUCAAGUGCGAGGCGCCCUGUCCGGAGGACUGGCUGCUCUAUGGGAGGAAAUGCUACUUCUUUUCUGAGGAACCGAGAGAUUGGAACACGGGCAGGCAGUACUGCCGCACCCACGACGCCGUGCUGGCUGUGAUUCAGAGCCAGAAGGAGCUGGAAUUCAUGUUCAAGUUCACACGGAGAGAGCCCUGGAUUGGCCUGCGCAGAGUUGGGGACGAAUUCCACUGGGUCAACGGGGACCCAUUUGAUCCAGACACGUUCUCCAUCUCGGGCCCCGGGGAGUGCGUCUUCGUGGAGCCCACCAGGCUGGCGUCGACGGAGUGCCUGAUGACCCGGCCCUGGGUGUGCAGCAAGACGGCCUACACGUGAGGCCCAGUGCAAAGCUCCCUGGGACCCCUUCCAGGAUGGCGGCAGGCCCACAGGGACCCCUCCCUCUCCCCAGCACCCUCAGCACUUAAGACCGAGCCUCUCCCGCAGCCCAAGUUGUCAGAACUUUUCACCUGAGACUCAUCUCUUCACAUCAUCUCACCGCGUGUCAUCUAAGCCCCUAGGUGGCAGGGAUUAUGUGCUGUUGGCCUCUUUGCAGCACACAGCAUGUGCUUAAAAAAGUACAUUGUUGUAUAUGGCAGUGAGAUUGCCCCCAAAUGUCCUCUCGUGUCCCUGGUGGGUACAGCAGCAACCAGCCAUCGGCAGAGCCUUGCCUUUUUGGCCCUGGAGAGUGUGGCGUGACUUCAGAGCCACACUCUGAAGGCUCAUGAAGAAAGAUGAGCUCUGUUUUGCUUCAAUUGCGAGAGCUCCCUCACAUCCCCUGAGCGUGCACAUCCUGGGCGGGCAGUGUGGGGGUGGCCACGAGGGAGCGCUGCCUCGGCCUCUGCAUCACACAGAGCCCAGGCGAUCGUGCUUUGCUCAUCUGUUUCCCUGCCCACCAGCCCCGCAGACAUGAAAGCCCCUCGAGGCAGGGGCCCACUCGCACGCUCCUUUGUUUCUCUAGCGCCUGGUACAUACUGAAGGUGCUUAAUAAACCUGUGUUGAACUAAACUCGUCUUGACUCCUAGUUCAAAGGCUCUCU